AGAUGUCACUAGCACGUGCGGUUGUUUGUUUAUAUAUAUUUACACAUGAAGCAUUUUGUCCGACUCAGUGAACCAAAACUGAGAUUAUAUUAUAUUACAUUAUUUAAUCCAUUUUUAGAAAAGUUUUACAAUGCCAAAGCAUAUUCUGAAAGAAUUGGCACAAUGCAAACACCCACAGAGUCGGAAAACAUUAGCUUUGGCCCGAAAGAUAAAAAAAAUCAAUAACCGAGAGAAGAAAAAAAUAGGACAUGCCAUGAAAGCGAACAUCGUCGGAAAAAAACUGGGAUGGUUUGCUGAGCGGUUGGAAGGCAAAACUGAAGUACUUCAUCCGGAGGAGUUUGCAGUAUUGAUAGAUCAGUACCUUUCACGUUUCGAUGAUGAACUGGAGCAGAUAAAGUUGGUCCAAUCUAUCAACAAACAGCGCAAUAACCAGCAUGCAUCGCGCGAGGCGACCAUCAAAAUGACACUGAAAAAAGAAAUUGACGAUUUCAACGGUGGUGGUUUGGAAUUGCCAAAUCUGUGUGACGAGCAGGAGUUUCGUCUUUUCCAACAAUGGGAUGGAAAUUCACAAUCUAUACAGCAUUUACCACUACAUUUUAUUUCUCGCAAACGUUUAGAAGCACAUGUUAAAAGCAACUAA